GGAAAUAAAAACCAAUCACUUACGGAAGAAGAAAAAUGGAAGCGGCAGUGUUCAUUCUGUCACUUGUGGACUGUUGUGCUCUUAUUUUCCUCUCGGUCUACUUUAUUAUCACCUUAUCUGAUCUAGAAUGUGACUACAUCAAUGCUAGAGCCUGCUGCUCCAAGCUAAACAAAUGGGUAAUUCCAGAGAUGGUUGGCCAAUGUCUCUCCACGAUGCUGAUGUUGGUCUCCAUGCACUGGUUCAUCUUCCUCCUCAACCUGCCUGUAGCAGCCUGGAACAUUUAUAGGUAUGUGAAGGUCCCGAUGGGAAACAUGGGCGUGUUUGACCCCACUGAGAUCCACAACAGAGGUCAGCUCAAGUCCCACAUGAAGGAGGCCAUGAUUAAACUGGGUUACCACCUGCUCUGCUUUUUCAUUUAUUUGUAUAGCAUGAUCCUGGCCCUGAUCAACGACUGAAGCACCCAGCAAGCUGCCGCAUCCAUACUCCUGGCUUUGCUGUUUCCCCCCUCACAUUCUGCUCCUGUACUAUAUGCAUAAAGUCUAUCACUGUGGUCUUACUCAGGUCCGCACUCUUAUGUGUGUCGUCAGAAUCUGAGUUUUGACUUUUAUACAAUAUUAAGGUUAAUAUUUAACCAUUUCACACUUCAGUACCAUCAUGACAAAAUCUCCUACAGCAAGUGCUGUGUUUCAUUCUGAAGGGGAUAAAUAAUGAGUUUUCUUAAAACCUCUAUCUGCAACAGUGAGUGAUUAUAAGAUCGGCAUAGUGGCUUUAAAAAAUACCAGACAUUGUCACAGUAACAUGAAUGAGUAGGCUUCAUAGAGCAGAGCGAAACAGAACUAGCCAGUGAAGAUGAUAUAUAUUACCAACUACACUGUCUAUCUGGAUGGAAUUCUUUUCCACCAAUGCCAAAUUAGGAAAAUAGUGCCAAUAGUGUUUUAACUCUUGCAAUGCAUGUCUUGUUGUGUCACUUUAGCCUUAUAUUGUGCAGCUAAAUAUUAUUGCUUUGCCAUUUCUCAAAAUCCCCAAGGCCUUUGGUUUCAGGCCCUCUGGAAGAUUUGUCAGCCUCUGUACAACUACAGAGGCUCAGAAAUCUUUGUAGCAGUAAGUAGUUAGUUAUAGCAGCAGCGUACACAGUGGAGCCCUAAAACUGAGGACACAGGCAGGAAAGCACUGGAGACACUGGAGUGAAUCAACAGUGACCACUUAACAACCUGAUGUCCUCCGCUGUAGCUCCAGUUUUCUGUUGUUAGCUGACUGGAGUGGAACCUGCUGUGUUCAUCUGCUGCUGUAGCUGGUUCCAUGCACUGUGAAAUGCUCCUCUGCAUAGCAGUGUUGUAAUACAUGGUUAUUUGAGUUAUUGUCACCUUCUGUCAGCUUGAACCAGUCUGAAGAGUCUCCUCUGAGCACUCUCAUUAAUAAGUAUUAAGCCUACAGAACUGCCACUCACUGUUAACACCAUUCUCUGACCUCUACACACUGUUGUGGUGAAAAUUGAGAUCAGAAAACUAAUCACAACUGAACCUCUUGACCAUAUCCGCGUGCCUUUAUGCAUUGACUUCCUGGCACAUGAUUUGUUGAUGAGAUGUUUGCAUUAAAGAUAUACGAUGCAGGAUUUUCCAUAAAACAAUAUGUAGACUCCAUUGUUUCCAACAGAAUUACAACCUAUGUGUAGCGGUAGCUGACGACAGGUAACAGGGGGGGGGGGGGGGGCAAUCGAUCAGUCGAUCCGAUCAGAUCGAUGCAUGAGAGGAGCAGCUGUUUGUGAGUGAAAGCUAAAUUUAGACCCAGAGCAAUGAACAGUUCAGUUGACUUUGAAUUAGCUUAACGUUCUGCUGCUCCGUCUGUGACCAGACUAUGCUCUGAGUAAGCAAAGGAUAUAUAUAUUCCAACAGCACUCCUAAUGAACAGUUCAGCUCCAAAAAUAAAAAAAUCAAUAUGUGGGAGCAGAUGCUUUAAUCGUGGCGGGCAGACACUAAUAAAUGAAAGUGUUGGAAACCGUGGACUCAUGAAGAAAUCCUCUCAAUCAUCACUUCUGACCCACUAGAAGUGUUUGGAGGUGUAUUUAUCUGCAGAGACGUUUGCCACCUUAUUUUCUUUUUCCGGGAUGUUUAUUGGUCUGUACCCCCACAACACUCAGGUGAGGUCAGGGCUUUAUAAAAAUGUAGUGACCAGGUGCCAGGCUGAAAGCAGCAGGUAUCCAAGAGACACAGAGACAAAAAAACAACAACACAAAUAUAGUGAGGCAAACCACAAACGAGGGCAUCUGGGAUUGACUUUUAGUAUCACUUUUGCUGGUGAGUGUGUUUACAAAAAGUAACACCUGCGUGCCUAAUAAAGUGGCCACUGAGUGUACAUUCUGAUUAUUUUGUGUUGUGGCAGAGUACUAAGCUCAGCUGCUGGCCUUUUACUAAAGAUGACAUUAAGCAGCUGUGCAUCACUUCCUGCUCAGAACUUCAGAAUUCAGUUUUGUGUAACUUAGCUCUGAGAUCACAUGCAGCUCCAUAUUUGGCUCCUUCCAGCAGUGUAUGUACCUGCUGGAUGGACAGUUUGAGACAUGGUGGGGUGUUGUUUUAGGUGUGUGAUUGAGCUUUUUAUUGGCAGAAGCAGACUCGCACCAUUUCUUGAUCUGCAGUCUGCUGUCACCUGUAGUUUUGUUAAGUGUCUGGCACCAUUACUCCAAAGUUCCAGAUUCCUGACUGCUCAGCUGACUCAGAAUGUUGAACUGGGGGACAGUUAGAGCAUUCUGAUUGGCCGUUUAAUCAUCAGGUUUCCCUUUUUUCCCCCACUUGUGCCAUUUCUUGUUUCUAUCCUCAGUAAAGUAAUACUUUAGUGCCAUUUGGUGAAAGUGAUGUGUACAAGAUGUUCCCUCUCAUACAGACACAGUGCAGACAGAUAGGUGGCAGAUCAAGUAAAAUCCAACAUCAACAACAAAGUGAUUUACAGUAAAAAUGAUUAAAAAAACCUAAAAGUGAAAACAAGAUAAAAUAAAUGAAACUUAUACAGCUGCAAGAAGCUAUUCCAGCCAACACAGACUGUUAGAAGUCAAAAGCUUUUGAUGUGGAAUGUUCAAAUCCAAUGUGGUGAAGACUUUAAAAAAGCAGUGAAAUAUCCCUUUUUUUUUGUUGUUUUUUUUUUGCUUUUUUGCAAAUAGAAUAAAGGUUUCAGAGGUCAGUAAUAUAAAAAUGCAACAGUAAAAUGAUACUGCAUGAUGUCCACUGAGAGAUUGUACUGUAGUAUGAAAUAGCAAUAAGACUAUGAAUUAGUUUAACAUGGCUUAUUUUGUGCCAGGCUAGUGCACAUGUUGGGAACUAGUGGUGCACCCUAUGGGUGCACCCACCCUUAACACCCACCCUAUGGGUGCACCCCAUUAAGCGAUUUAAAAAUAAUUUUACAACAUGUGGUUCAUCAUUAUUAUUUAACAUAUCCUGCAAAUUUUGUAAUAAUUGUACAAACUAUUUCUGAUUGACAGUCUGAUUUGUGUUAUGCCAUGCCAGUUUUUUCCACUUGUAGUGCCCCCUAGUGGUCGAUUGGAAUGAGACUCAUGGUAUGUUUCAGGUACUUAUUUUAAAGAUUGAUCCAAUGGUUGUUGGGUUUGGUUAAUUAAUGAGCUGAGCCAUGCCCCUCCUUAAGUUCAUUGGUCAGAUAUAUCAACAAGCUUUUGAUAAGCUUGUUCCAGUAAUGAUCCACAGAACCUUUUUUAGCAUUCAGACCUGGUUUGGAGGACAUGUCAAACGUGUUUUUCAAAAAAAUUAAAAAUGGCAAAAGUCAUUGGACUUAUGGCAUUGGGGGUGUGACCUUUCCAAAAGAAAGACUAUUUUUUUUGGCUUUGCCUUUAUUGGAAAGGACAAGUUAAACAUGAAUGGAGGAGAGAAAGGGGAUCGAGCUGGGAUCAAGCCUGUGGGCGUUGCGGCAACAACAUUACCUUUUAUACAUGGAACACCCACCCUACCUACUGAGCCACUGGGCGCCCCCAAAAUUUAAUUUUUGGGCCUUAUUUACAGCACUCCCAUCAGGCUAAUUAGGGUCAUAUUUGUUGGGCAGCAUUUCCACACAACCUCCAAUCACUGGUGAAAAUUUUGAUGUCUUUACAAUGUACCAUCACAUGGGACUUUGUGAAAACAUUUCUGAAGAAGAGUAAGUAUAACAAUAAACCACCACAAAACAAUAAUUACAACAAAUAGCAUCAUUUAAGACAAAGCCAGAGGAUAAAAGUGAGUUUUAAGAAGAACUUUCAAAGAGGACACCUCAUUAGUAAGUGUAAAGUGUAUUAGACAGUGCUGUCCACCUUGUACCUCCAAACACGCUGCUCCAGACUCUCCCAAAGGUGUUCAGUUCUGCUGACUGUGAAAGACAUAGCCAUUGAUUCCCAUCAUUUUCAUCCUUUAAUUGUCUUUGUCACCUAUCUAUCUGUGCACAUUUACAGCCACCUGCUGUUGGAUGUAGUCUCUGUGCUGAUAUUAUGUGUUCUGGCUUACUUGCUCUCCCAUGCUGUCGUUGCUCCUUCAUUUUUCUGAGCUCCCCUAAUUAACAUCAUAUUUGGUCAAAGUAUCAAAAGUUUUCAAAAUGAGAAGUUGAAAUCAGAGGUUUGUGAUGGUAUUGAAGUGUAAUGAAAACUCUGUUAUUGUGCACCACUGAUCAUCAGAUGGUGGAUCACUGAGCCUGUUCUGAGACACUUUAUGCAUACAGUACCUGCCAAACUUCCAGUAUCACACUCCAUCCCUGAUCACCAACCACAACUCAGCCCACACACACACACACACACGCACCGACUUAAAUACAGUCAUAUCUGCGUGAAUAUGUGCGUGUAUUCAUCAAACACAUCACUAAAUGUGACAGUGAGGUGCAGUCUGUGGGGCGGGGGGGGGGGGGGGUGUCACCAUUUUUCACCAUAAAAAAAGUUGAUGAAACACGCCUCCGUCUAAAAAGAGAUUAUUUAUCUGAGUAAUUGCUGUAUUAUUACUGUAUGAGUGGCAGUUUCAAUUUGAACAAAUGGAUUUGACCUAUCAUGCACUGAUGAUGUGUUUACUGAACAACCUUUGCAUUGAGCAUACACUGUAUGUUAAAGUCUAACAUUCCCUGUUUGAAAAAAGCCUGGAUCAGCAGGUGUCUCAGCUUUUCCCUGGGGCGACAGAUGUGUGCAUGCAUUCCUCUUUAUUUGGUAAAGUGCAUAGACAGCAAUCAUAACUGUUCAGUACAUUCAUACCUGUCUGUACAAGUUCAUGUCUCAUUCACAGUAAACUGUCUAAUGCAGUGUCUUUUUUGGGGGAAAUGUGGUGUUUCAUAAAUAAAAAUUUAAGAC